AUGGAAGGGGAGGAGAUCCGGAACUUUCGGGGGCCCGUGUCCAAACUCCUGGGUGUCGCAGAGGACGAUUUCUUGGAGCAGAAGUUUGGCACGCACUGGCUCCAUGCCAAAGCCUCGGCGCUACGUUUGCCGUUUUCCGUGGAAGAUUGUCUCAGUCUGGUGUCGGAUUUCGAUGCGGACCUCCACGAGGAGGCGUGCUCGAAGCGAAAACUUUCAUACGGGGAGCACAGCGCUGUGCUCGACGAUGUCAGCAAGGAGGUGGCCUUCGGAGCUAGGGCAACACAAAUUUGGAGUGGAAGCUCGGUCAAUUUCUGGUCGGUGGCUAUCUGCCGGACAUUAGCUGGGUCGCUUGAGAGGCUAGAAGAUCACAAGUAUGUGGCGCACAUUCUGCGAGAGCUGCCUCUGCGGUGUUCCGAGGAUCUCGCUUUGCACGGCAGGAACUGGACCUUCAUCUUUAACAAGGCGCAUGCUGCAAAGGCGGAGCUGCACUCUCUCCAUCAUGCCUUGUGGGCCUGCUUCGGCGUCUCAGGCGACUUCAACGUGUACCUGACUCCACCCGGUUCGCAAGGUCUGGCACCGCAUGCCGAUCGACAUGACGUUUUCGUGGCGCAGCAAGAAGGAGAGAAGACGUGGACCCUCCUGGAACCCGACCAAGUCAGGGUGCUGGAGAACGUCACGCUGCUGCCGGGAGAUGUUCUGUAUUUGCCCCAAGGCGUUCCUCACUAUGCUCGAAGCGCCGGUUCGGCAUCCUCCCUGCACGUCACGAUGAGCGUCUACAGGGGCCACUUCACCUUUGCAGGCCUUUUGGCUGCCUGGCUCGAGGUGAGGCCAUCCCCCAAAGUGACAUGUAUGAUUCUCCCCAGGCCCCAGUCCAACAAGGAAAGCCUGUCUGUAUAUCCAAACCCUAUUCGAAAAGACAAGCUGCGCAAUAACCUAAUUUAA